AAGCCUCUGGUAGGAGACAUAGUUCAGAUCCGGAAGGAGUACCCUCACCUGGUGGACCGCAGCACGGUGGUCGCUCGCAAGCUGGGGUUCCCAGAGAUCAUCAUGCCCGGAGAUGUUCGCAAUGACAUCUACCUCACCUUACAGGGCGGUGACUUUGACAAAUACAACAAGACGACCCAGAAAAAUGUGGAGGUUAUCAUGUGGGUCUGUGAUGAGGAGGGCAAAGUCAUACAGAACUCCAUCUGUCUGGGAGCUGGAGAUAAGGCAGUUAGUGAAUACCGGUCAGUCAUCUACUACCAGAUCAAACAACCUCGCUGGAUGGAGACAUUUAAGGUGGCAGUACCUCUGGAGGAAAUGCACAGAAUACAUUUGCGCUUCAUGUUCAGACACCGCUCUUCUCAGGAGUGUGAGUAUCGUCCUCAUUGUUUAUAA